CUCAGAUUAAGGCUAAAUGUCAGAAAUGUUUCGUGCGUAAGGCCGCACGCGCUCACGAGAUAAAGACACGUAGCAAUCGAAAUUUGCGAACAGAUUGUGAAAUCCGUUUGAAGGAGGUGUCUUUAGUAGAUCAUGUCAGCAAAUGAAGGGUCUGGGAAUCCAAAUGGAACAUCAGGUUAUUUCAACAAUGGAUCUGCUGACGGAAAUUCUGCAGGCUUCUUCGACCACAAUCAACCAAAUAUGAACCAGUGGGGCUUUCCCCCUCCGGACCAGACCUCUGCUCCAGGGGGAAUUCCCCAAACCUCACAGCACCAGCAACAGUAUCAGCCCCAGCAGACUCCCCAGUUCUACAACCCUGCCGAGUUUCAGAAAGCUGCACCUGGCCAGCAGCCAGAGAUCUUCAACCCUUAUGGCGGAGGUAAUGCUUAUCAGCCACAGCAACCCUUAUCUCAAGAUGGUUUUCAGCAGCAGAAUGACUUCAGCCAGCAGCAGUUCAACCAGAAUGACCAUGGAGGAAGUCUACCCCAACCGCAGCAACAGCCACAGAACCCUGAGGUUGCUGAUGGACAAGUUCCCUAUCAGCAGGGUUGGCAAGGGUAUGGUGCACCAGCUGAUUCUGCUGAACAACAGGAUAGCCACUGGCAAAACCAAGAUAACCAUACAGGACAACAGGCCAAUGCUAGUUAUCCAUCUGAUCCAUACUCUUAUUCUGGGUAUGGGUAUGGAACAGAUAUGCAUGCCCCCACUAGCAAUCAUCAAGAAAGUGGUCAGUCUGAAAAUCCCACUCAGAAAUUUGAGCAGGAAGAUUCCUCAGGAAACUCAGGAUUUGGUGCAUUUUUCCAUGAUGAUGGAUCAGACUUUGUGAUAUCAAGCGAUAAAGGGAGUGAACAGGUUAGUGCAAAUGUGAGCGAAAGGACUAGCCCUAAUAUGGUUCUACCUGAUUCCAAUAGCCAAUUACAAAUGGAUGAACAAGGACAUUUACAAGAAAGUGCACAAUCUGAAAAGGAGCAAUCAAACUCAAAUAUAGAGCAUUUCCAACUCUCUCCGCAAAGUAACAGUCACAUAGCUACACCAGUUCAUGAUCAAGUUCCAGAAAGAAACAUGGCUACACUGGGAGAUAUGCAGGACAAGACAACAGAAUCAUCUGAGUCAUCUGUAUUGAAUCAAGACAGUCAAAGUGUUGCUGUCCCAAGCAGCACAUUUGGUUCUUCCCAUGAUCUUGGUAGUGCAAUGACUGAACACAGUAAUUUUGAGGAACUCAAUACAGAGUCAUUGGGAGUCAAUCAAACUCCUGAUGAUAGGAAUGUACAACAUUCAGAACCACACACGAACAUUGAGCCUGCCCAAUCUGAAUUAUCUAUACCUGACUCAUUAGUAUCAAACCCUGCUGAGAAUGUUGGUGUGGUCCAUGAGUUGCUGUCAGUACCUGUAUCAUCUCUCUCAGUAGAGGCCAAUCAACAAGACUCGGAUUCAUUGCUGAAUCCAACACCACCUGCUGUAUCUCAAGAACAAUCACUCUCCUCUUCGCAGAGUGAUGGUGGUGAUCUUCCAAGCAGAGGUGAUGGGCUUGAGAAUACACCUAUACCCGCAACAAAUUUUGGACCACCUUCAACCCAAAAUGUUGGUCAAACUGAUGCAUCUGUUUUUUCCGCACAGACCUUACCACACCUUCACCAGCAAACACAGGAGCAACCCUACCAACAACCACAACAGCAGUCCUCUGCGAAUUCUAGCCAGUCAGACCUGACCUCACCCCCAAAUCUACCUUUGCUCUCUACCCAGUCAUCCCUAGAAACAAAGAAGGCUUCAGAGCCAGAGGACAAUAGAAAACAACGCUCAGACUCACUCUCAUCAGGCUCUCACCCAAGUGCUUUUCGACAAGUGCGUAGUAUUCACGGUCAUAGAGAUAUCUCUGUUAAUCCUUCCCCACCCUUGUGGCAGGCAGAAGUCCCAGCUCUUCCAGGAAAUAUUCUUUUGGCUCCUGCUUUGAAUAUAUCAACCAGUAUAAAUCCAAUAAUCCCUAGUAGUACUUUAUCAUCACCAUCACUUUCAACUCCAAGGCAGCUUGCAGACACUGUCGCAUCUGUUAGUGUGCCUCCAGUACCAUCAGUUGCUGCUUCUCUUCUUGCAGGGACUAAUAUUCCUGGCCCAAAACCGCCAGUUAGCAGUAAUAGUCAACCAAGUGCAACAUCAGCACCAACUCCUGUUCAACAGGUAACCCAGAGUGUUUCACAAUUGGAUAUCAGCAAAACUGUGCCUAACACAUCAGCAUCUGCUGUUCCCUCAUUAAGCAAUCCUCAAAGUGUCCCAGUAAGUCAACAGCCCCAACUUCCAAACCCUACCCCAAACCCAAAUCCCAGUACAAACCCAGUUGCCUAUGUCCAACCUGUUUCCCUGUCACAACCUAAUCCCAUUCAGCCAACCACUCAGCAACAAAACAUUGUCCAGCCACAAGCUAGUCAAGCACAGCCAGGAGUGUCAAUCCAAGGAGUACAACCAACUAAUCCUGCUGUUGUACCUCAGGUAUCUGGUGUUGUCACUGCUUCCCAGCAGCAAUCCCAGCAGUUUAGUAGUACCCUGCCAAUCCAGCCCCAGCAAAAUAAUAUGAACAAUCCACCAGUGCAACAGCAAAGUUCUGUUCCUGGACAACAGGGUGUUACUCCAAUGCAACCUCAGCAGCCAUUACAACAGGAUUACCACCAGCAGCAAAUACCACAGCAGCAACAACAGCAGCAACAGCAAGUACCACCACAACAGCAGCAACAGCAAGUACCACCACAACAGCAACAACAGCCAUUUUCACAGCAGCAACAACCACAAGGACCCCAGAGUCAGCAGCCUGGUUACAACCAGUAUCCUCCUGGGCAGGGAGGCCAGUAUUAUCCCAACCCAGCCAACAGGCAGCCCUAUCCUCAGGGUGGCUACUACCAAGGUGGUGGGUACGGGCCGGGCUACAGGGGCUACGGGUAUGGCAGCCCUUACGCUCGCCAAGGCUCCUACUCCAGGCAAGAUCCCUACUACCAGGGGUACAGCCAGCACAUGCAGCGGAGUCAGCAGAGAACUGCCGAUGCCCAGGGAUGGGAAAGGCCACAGUCUAGGCAGGGGAAUGAGAGACCAAGGUCGCGGCAGGGAUGGCCGGAUGAGCAGGAUUAUGAUCCAAGGUAUCAGAGGAGUAGGAGGGAUCCUCGUUAUUAUGGAGGUGUUGACGAGUAUGGUCGUCCAUAUGAUAGACGUUAUUAUGAAUACUACAGAAGGAAACAAAUUGGACAAUAUAAAGACAGAGAAUAUCAGAAAUAUUAUGAGCAACAGAGGAAUAGGUCUGGUUCCCAACAAUACUCACAAGAUUCAUCUUUGAAUGCUUCAGAUGCCUCACAAACAGAGAAGAAAGAUGCCAGUCAGAAUGAAAGUUUCUCAGAAGAAUUCCAUCACCAAGGCGGAGGCACACCUGAGCAGUACGGGUCAAAUCAGAGUGCCAUCUAUCCUUCUGGGUAUGACAAUUACGACCCACGCUGGAGGAGAGAUCAGGGCUACUACGACAGUGCGAACUCCUCCGACAGGGCUACUUACGACGGCAGUCAGUACUACAAUCAAGAUUAUUCUUGGCAACAGGAAGAGCCACAACCAACUUCUUACACACCCCCUCCACCAGAGAGACGUACCCCUGUGAAACAUUCCUUACCCCACGUAAUAGCCAGGUUUAGCCCCGGUGGUCAGCUCAUCAAAGUCUUGCCUAACGUACCAGCUGAUGGAAUGCCAGCUAUGGUGGAGAUUCACAAUGUAGAGACAAUGGUGGAGCAUUGUGAUGAAAUUGCAGUAUACAAAGGCUAUCCGGGGCCGUUAAUCAAGGGAGAGACGCACAAGAAUGAUGUCUUACAUUUUGCUGCAACCCAAGCAACGGAUUGUAGGAGGAGCACUGACCUCUCAGACAAAGAAUCAGCUGCUCUGCUCUGGGACCUGCUUGUCUUACUUUGUCGACAAAACGGGACUGUCGUAGAGACAGACAUCUCAGAUCUACUCCUCAAGGACCAUCCAAUGACAAGUAGGGAAUCCUCCUCCCAAGAAGAAGCAGCGGAAGGAGAGGCAUCGCAGGAUGGAGCCGAUGUAUCCGACCUUCUCUCCGAGUUACCCAAGACUAAUGAUGCCCAAGAUGCUGUGAAGCAGACGCAUAGAUUCAGAGAGCUGCUCUUGUUUGGCAGAAAGAAGGAAGCCUUGGAGUGGGCCAUGAAGAAAGGACUGUGGGGUCAUGCUCUCCUCUUAGCUAGUAAAAUGGAUAACAGAACACACGCAAGUGUCAUGACAAGGUUUGCCAACAGUCUUCCAAUGAACGAUCCUCUGCAGACUCUAUACCAGCUGAUGUCAGAUAGACAGCCUGCUGCUGUCACUAGCUGCAAUGAUGAAAAGUGGGGUGACUGGCGCCCUCACUUGGCCAUGGUGAUGUCUAACCUGAGCAGCAGUGCCGAUGUCGGCUUCAAGAGCGUUGUGACCUUGGGUGAUUCAUUAUCAUCAAGAGGUCUCCUACAUGCAUCUCAGUUCUGUUACCUGAUGGCACAGGUAGGCUUUGGUAUCUAUAGCAAGAAGACCACAAAGAUAGUACUCCUUGGAUCAAGUCACAACCUACCCUUUAGCAAGUUCUCCACCAACUCAGCUAUCCAACUGACUGAGAUCUAUGAAUAUGCUCAGAUGCUGGCAAACAAGCAUUUCCUCAUACCCAACUUCCAGGCAUAUAAAUUCAUCUACGCCUGCAGGCUCGCUGACUUUGGCUUUACGUCACAGGCAUUGAGGUAUUGCGAAACAAUAGCAAACACAAUCCAAUGCUCUCCUAACUACUAUAACAGUACGCUUGUAAGCCAAGUGUGUCAGCUGUCACACAGAUUAAAACACCAUGAUCCUGAGUUCCAUGACCUUAGAGAAAUCACAGAACCACAAUGGAUUGUCCCAUUAGAGGCCAUAGUCAUGCAGAUUAAUGAGGGACAAUUAAAACCACCCUCAUCAUCAGGCACCCCCAUGCCGUGGGUGGAAUCGUCCUCCAACCUGAGCACACUGGGCGUGGAGAGCACAGAUGGAACAGUCCAAGGUGUGGGUGAAGGGGUGUCAGCAUACCAGUAUGAGGGAUACCAGCAGGAGGGAUACCAACAGGACCAGGUCGGAGGUCAAGGCUACGAAGGUCAAGAUGACCAGCAACAAGUCAACCAGUAUCAAGAUCAGCAAACAGAUCAACAACAGGUGCCCUUCUAUGACUACAACCAGCAACAACAACAGCAAGAUGGUACACAAACAACUGGUCAACAACAGCAACAACAACAACAAAAUCCCUACUACCAAUAUGAUAAUUAUCAGCCUUAUAACACCCAGCCAAUGAGCAGUAACUUUCCCCCCAACCAGGACCCAGGGGCCUCGAUAGGAAGUAACUUCUCAGAAUACAGUACAACGACCAAUCCAUCGGAGACCGAGGGGGACUCAACUGAGUUUGAACAGAGUGGUGCUUCCCAGUUUGAUUUCAAUAGCUAUAACAAAAUGCAGGUGCAGCAGAACAGGAGCCGGACCAACACCCUGAGUUCCAUGGGCGGUCCGCCAUCCCCCCAGAAGACCCUGACCCCGCCCGACUCCCCCAACACCUUCACCGCCCCCAGACCCAGGACCAGGACCACGUCAGGGGGGUCGACCGUAUCGGUGGCCAGUCAGAAGGGGCAACAGAAGCAGCAGCAGCAACAGCAGCCCGAACCCAAGGAGACAAAACCACAGAAUAAACCAAAACCAAAGUCCUCACAGGGCGGCUGGCUAAGGUGGUUCAACAAAAAGCUUGGCGGUUCUAAUAUCCAUCUCCCUGAUGAUACAAAGAAAACGAUCGAAUGGGACCCUGUCAAAAAGCAGUGGGUCAACAAGGCAGAAGAUGCGGACGAAGCUGACAGUGGACCCCCUCCUCCACCCCCCUCGGAUAAAGAAAUCUCUGGCCCUGCGCCUCCUGCUGCCGGCCCACCAGCUACCUCACAGCCACCUAUAUCAGCCCCUGGGCUUGGAGGAGGGCUUGGUGGAGGGCUAGGGCAAAAAUCGGCCCCUCCUGCUGGGGUUAACAAAUUUUCUCGCAAGUUUGGUCCAGGUAACUAUGUGGAUGUUCUGAACAAAGGCAAGGGUACAUCAGCACUGGCAAAGACAGGAGACACAAGUAGCCUUUUCCAGACCUUACCUGCUCCAAGCAAUACUGCACCUGUGAAUUUCUUCAUUCCAGAUUCGUCUGCCUCGGAGGACACACAGACCUCUAAUCAGGAAGGCGAUCCUCAAGUGGGCAACCCAGGGUCACGACCUCACAGUCCACACAGAGAGCAAGGGGGAGGACAGCAAAGUGAAAACCUUUCACGCUCUAGUUCGAUGAGCGAUCUCUCCAAUGAGGUCAGUCAGCAUAUGUCCCAUCAGCCAACAACCCAGCCACCACCCUCCUGGCCACAAGAGGGCGCCAAUGCCUCGCAACAACCUGCACAACAACCUGCCCAGCAGCCAGGGGUGCCCAUGUUCUACAACCCUCAGUCGUUUGCCAAUCAAGGAGGAGCAGCCACAGGGUUUGGGGUUGGGGGCAGCUCAGGGGGAGCGAGUAAGAGGGGGUAUGGACAGCCCAGGCAGUACCCCAAGCAGAGGUGAUGAAAAAUGAGGAUGAUGAUAAUGGGUGAUAUUUAUAGUAAUGUUGAUCUCCGAACUGUAUGUGGAGGAACCGUCUCUAUUUGUGACAUUGGGCAGCCACCAUCAAUCACUCAUACCACCCCCACAAUCGCACACUCUUCUUUGUUUGUGAAUGCGUCUUACUCUUAAAACUAUUCAAAGCUUUGAAAAAUGACUUUCUAGAAGCUGUGGCUGUACAUUGCAUUAAUUAUUCAGAAGUCUGUAACCAUUAUUUCACCUUUAAUCAUUGUGAAAAUAAGUCAGUUGAAUAAUCAUACAAAUACAGUUGUCGAAUGGUGUAUGUGUAAUGGCUGUUGCACAUGAGUGUUAUAAUUCAGUGAUGUAAACAGUAUGUUAAAUUCAAUAAAUAGUUCUGUUUGCUGAAUGAACAGAUCAGUGCAUGGUCAUUAAUGUUUUGACAAAAUGGCCUGUGUUUACACUUUUAUUGGAAGCAGUAUUGCAUACAUAUGGUUAGAACCCACAAAAGGCAUCAAUUGAAGUAGAAAUUUGCUGUCCACCAAUCAAAUUGCUCUAUAUCAGUAGCUUAUAACAGUAGCUUGUUUAAACUUGUUGAUAAACAGGCUCAUACUUUGAAUAGUAUGUACUUUUCAUGAUCACUAUUCAAGGAUGGUCAAUUUGAAAAUAUCUUCAUUGUCAAUUUGUAUAAAAUAUGUAACCUCUCUAUAGGAUAGUCUGUAUAUCUUUUUACAAGAUUACAAGCAGAAGGAAAAUUUGUAUGAAAUAUAAAAGAAAGGGCACACAUGUAUUAUUUUUGUAUACAGUAGUCAUUUGAAAAGUUAAGAAAAUAGCGACAAUCUCCAACAAUGUGUAAAUGUAUUCAUAUUGGUUAAAUUCAACCCUACUUUCCUUCUGAUGUUGGCAUUGCGAGUUGUGUAAAUUUGAAGCAUUCUUCACACUGUAUAUACUAGCUCAAGCAGCUCAGCCCAUCAUUAAAAAAGAGAGAAAACAAAAACACUUCAGUGCCUCUUAAGAGUCUAUACACACCUAUAGACUAUAUGCAUAUGACGUUAUAAUCUUAUAUCGCCCUCCCUCAGAGGAUAUAGGAGUACAUGUAAAAGGGAGUUGUCAGAGAUGCACCAGCUGCAGAUAUCCAACGCAUGUAAGGCAAUGAAUUCAGCCUCUAAGAUGGCGGCAUAAUGACGUCAUUGCAUGAGGUCUAUUGAUUAGUAUUAUUGCAUAUGGCAGAUAUAGAGGAAAGUGUAUUGGAGUUAAAUGCAUUGUGCUAUAGUCAAUAACUUAUAUGACUCAAAAUAUUUCAAACUGUAAAAUGAAAUGAUAUUUCACUCCCUCUCAUGACAGUUUCUAAACUGUGCACAGGUGAAACAGAUAUUAAGGCAUGAUAUUCUGGACCAGUAAGAACGACUCUGUAAGUAUGAAGACUAAUUGUUAAUUAGUACUAAGUAUUGUAGGACUGGAAGUGGAAAAAGUGUAGUUCAACUUUACAUUAGAACAUACCAUUGUACAGAGAAUUUAUAUGUCCACUUCAGUGAUUUGAGACUUAAUUUUUAUUUGAUAAAUUUGCCUUUUAUUAAAUACAUGAAGGAAAGGGGAGGCUGGUCUAAGAGAGAGAGAGAGAAAGAAUGAAUUGGAGGAGAGAAAUAGGGAAGAGAGAGAGAGCAAGCACUAGAGAGAGAGAUAACAAAGUUCAAUCAGGCUUUUAAAUAUACACUGUAAUUCACGUUAUUUCUUGUAUAUUUCAUUUUGUGCUGCUCUAUAAUACACAUAUACAUGUAAGAACCUGGUCUCCAAAAUAUUUCGUAUUUAACUAUUACUGUUUGAUAAGUGUAUCACACAUCAAAAUAUUCUUUAUACUUUGAUUUCUCGUCAUUUUAGAAAUGUUUUUCCUCAAAAGAUGCAUGUGAAAGGUUUCCAUUUUGUUCAAUUUAUGUUCCUAGACAAGUCUUUUGAUUCAACAACUGCUUAUUUUUGUGAUAAACAUGUACCCAAAUGUUAUUGAUUUAUAGAUGUUUUCACUAAUAUUGAACCAAUGAAAUGGGCUGCCAUUUCAAUAAUUGAAACAAUUUUACAUGGUAUGAGACUUACUUUUCCCACAUUUUUACAUUUAAGAAUUCACCAUUGUCACUUUAAAUGAUUGCAGACUGGCAUAAUAUAUCGCAUAAAAGAUUAAAAUCUAUCUUUAGUGAAUGAUGAAUGAUAACAUAGAAAAACAAAUUAUGUGCAAUUUAUUGUUGAUGUAGAUACUUAUUAAAGCUGGCUAUUGAAUAUAUCUGCCAUGCUGUUAUAAUGAAUUGACUAUAUAAGAAGAGAUUUAUGUUAUUCUGUUCAUUUUAUGAUUUAUCAUUAGUUUGGAAUGAGCAGGAUUUUGUUUAUAAUUGUAAUGAUUCUGUGUUCUCUAUGAUCUGUUUUAACUAUUCUCCCAUUGUGUCAACAGUAUCGUAUAUAUUGAAGAGAUUUAUAAGACCUACUUGAUUAGGAUUUUUGUUCUCCAUGAUUUCAUAUGUAGAUUGUUUACAUUCCAAGAAAACUUGAUUGCAGAAGUAGAAGGUAUUUAAUGAUAAAGCGUAACUUGAUGCCUUUUAUCCUCUUUAGCAGAAAAGUUAUUUCUAAACCUACCAUCAUAUCACCUUCCCUUUGUUAAUAAUCUCAAUUCUGCUUGUGUAUCCAUCUUUUACUCUGUUUCCUUAGAUGUGAACUGAUAUUUUCCCUCAUAAGCAUAGGCUUAUAUUGAAUGGAAGACAUGAUUUGGCAGUCUAUAUACAUCUGACUUAUUAGCCAAUCAGAGUCAACCUUUUAUCUACUGAUAGAAUAAAGCUUGAUUGUGAUUGGUGAAUGUAAUGUCUGCUGUUUUCAAAUUGGUUCAUGUGGAAGAGUUCUUGUACUUUCUUUACAUAUGCAAGAACUUUUCUACAUUAUUUUACUGUUCAAAUUUGACAAUGCCAGAUUAAAGAGGAAGAAUUCUCAUUUGAUAGACUCAUCCUCUUUUUUGUAGUAAUGAGGAGGAUUAAAGGUGAUAUCACUUCGAAUUUUUUUAUCAUUUUCCAUGUUUUAAGUCAAGGGCAUGGUUUUGUAAAUGUAAUUUCAUUCAAUGCAUUUGUUUCGGUCAUAUCAUUUUCCUGCUAAAUCAUAUUUCAAAUAUAGUGGUGCUCCAAACAUAUAUUUUAAUAUAAUUCAGAUUUUGUAGAAGUGUGUGGAAUGGAUAAUCUAGUAAAAUAAGAUAGGAAUUGCUUAGGUGUGUUUGCUUUAAAAGUGAAAUAUAUGAAUAUUGUAUUCUUUUUUUUUCUUUUAAUUUUCAUAAUUUUGGUCUUGUCCCACAAAUUGAUGUGAAAUAGUAUUUAGAAUAAAAAAAUUUGGUCUUUGACUGAAAGUAAAAGGUGGGAUAUUUUUAGGAUAUGUGAUAUAUCCAGGUGGCUUUAAACUAAUUGUAACAUCUAGACCUUGAAAUAGUCAAUAACAGUUAAGUUGAGUGUCAUUUGUACAAAGCAGAACAUGCUUGCUGUAAAUUGGCAGAGCUAUAUUCUCAUUCAUGUAUUUAUCCACAAAUUUCCAUCAGCAGUGUAAGUAUGCCUUUAAUAACAAGGCCCCGUCUUUACAGAGUUACGAUUGAUCCGAUCAAUCGCAACUAUGGACGUUCAGCAACGUCAACAUCUAUUAUGCAUGUUUAUUUUCAAGCUAUGAUGUAUAUUCAUGCAUUCAUUGUUUUCUUGAAAUUUUCACUGCGACUCUCUUUGCAUACAGAGGACAUUGUGCAAGUUUUUCGUAGAAAAACUUAUGGCACUGACGGAUUUCCAUAAAGUUACGAUUGUUCAGAUCAAUCGUCACUCUUUGUGAGACAAGGCCCAGAUCUCUAGUUGUGAAAGAAUCUGCACUUAUUCUUUGUUGUUUAUUUUCUUAUUAUUUUAAUGAUCGUAUUUUUUAAGAGCAUGCCAAAUGGUGACCUCUGUAUUGAGGCUAUGAUUGAACCAUUCAUGUAUAGAUGGAAUGAAAUAUGAUAAAAUGAUUCAAUCAUUAUUGUUAUUGUAUUUCAUAAUCGAAUGUCAGGCACAUUAUAGUGAUUGCCCUGUAAGCUCAUGAAAUGGGGCAAAUAUGAAAAAAGAAGAAUAUGGAAUAUAUGAA